CUGCAGGCUGGACUCCAAUCAAGUCAUUAGGAGUGGGCGGAGCCUAAAAGCAGCACCUUUACCUGAGAUUCAGUCAAAGGACUAACAGCAGCAGCUCUCUGGAAACCUCCUAACUCCAGGGUUUAGUGUUAAAGCUGUGAUGGGGUUCAGAGACAGGGUUGUGUUUGUGUUUGUCCUCCUCCUGUCAGGUGCUGCUGCACAAAACUCAUUCAACUUCAGCUCGAAUGAGACUCUGCUCCUAAAAGAGCAACACACAACAGCCUCACAGCCGCAGACGACAGGUCAUCAGUCAAACUGGACCGAGCACAGCGGUCCGGUCCGCUCUCCUGUCAGCUACCGGCUCAAGGUCUACGAGAUCUGGAACCCAGCUGUGAGGAAACACAAACCAGCCCGGGACUUUGUAGAGCAAAGUUUUCAGAUCCCGCAGAGGUGGGAGGCCAGAGAGCUGACCCCGGAGCAGCUGGAGCAGUGGGAAAACAUCCAAGUGAAGGAGACUCUGACGUUGAUUCAAGGCCCUGACCUGAACCCGCCUGUCAGGCAGGAAUCAAAGGUGCAGGUGAAGUUUGUGCAGCGGGUUCCUGUGCCGGCUGACAGUGUGGCGGUGAGAUGUGGCGAAGGAAAGGUCACUGUGGAGGUCAAACAGAACUUCCUAGGUAACGGUCAGUUGAUCCGUCCAGGUGAUCUGACGUUAGGAGGCUGUGCUGCGGUGGACUCUGCUGACCACGUCCUGAAGUUUCAGUCAGAGUUACAAAGCUGCGGCAGCACCUUGAAGAUGACUGAAGAAGCCCUCGUGUACUCCUUCUCUCUGAUCUACUCUCCAAGACCAAUUGACCACACCUUCGUUUUAAAGACCAACCAUGCACAGGUGGAGAUUCAGUGUCACUAUCUCAGGAGGCACUACGUGAGCAGCGACGCCCUGAGGCCUACCUGGACCACAUUCGCCUCCAACACGUUGGCGGAGCAGCAUCUGCAGUUCUCCCUGCGUCUCAUGACAGAGGACUGGCAGGCGCAGAAGGCUUCCAGUGUUUACUUCCUGAGUGACGUGAUGCACAUCGAGGCGGCGGUCCUGCAGGGCCACCACGUGCCGCUGAGGGUCUACGUGGACAGCUGCGUCGCCACCGUGUCGCCUGACCCUGAUUCUGAGCCCAGAUACCCCUUCAUCAGCAACCAUGGGUGUUUAAGUGAUGCUAAGCUGACAGGAGCCAAGUCUUACUUCAUGCAGCAGAGCCAGGAGGAUAAACUUCACUUCCAGCUGAAAGCCUUCAGGUUCCAGCAAGAUCACAGAAAUUCACUCUACAUCACCUGUCGUCUGAAGGCGACGACCGUCUCCGCCCCCGUCAGCUCGCAGCACAAAGCGUGUUCAUACCUGAACGAAGCUCAGAGGUGGGUGGCAUCAGGAGGAGACAAUAAGGUGUGUGACUGCUGUGAGAGCAGCUGCAGCUUGCAGAGACCGAGGAGAAGUCCUGCAGCAGAUGUCGGUGUUGUUCCAGCACCAGAGUGGGAGGGGACGGCUGCGGUGGGCCCCAUCCUGCUGGAGGAGAACAUCCUGCUGGUGGAGAUGACGGAGAUUCUUCCAGAGCCGGCUCCUCUGCUUCAAACGCACGAGGUGACUCUGGCAGCCUCCUCUUCGUCUCUUGCGGUGCUGUGUGCAGUGGGUGCAGCGCUGGCCGCAGUGUUGCUGGUUUUCAUGGGUUUUAUCAUCCGCAGCCGGUUGCGUAAACCCACAGGGCACGCUGUUUGUACCUGAUAUAAGACUAUUAAACAUUAUUAACCUCUUAAA